AUGACGCGAGAAGGAGAAAGAGAAAGAAAUAGAAAGAGGCGUGGACAUGAUCUUGAGAUUUCUGAGCUGAAAAAAGUGGGUAGAGAUGCAGUUGGGAUUUAUAUUCCUCCAUUUAAGUUGGGUGGAAUGAAUAUGAUGAAAGAAAUUGAGGACAAAAACAGUCUGGAAUAUCAACGUCUGACUUGGGAUUCCCUUAGAAAAAGUUUUAAUGGUUUGAUGAACAAGUUGAAUGUUACUAAUAUCAACAACAUUAUUCCAGAUUUUUUUAGUGAAAACUUGUUCAGGGGAAUUGGUCUAUUUUGCCGAUCAUGUAUGAAGUCACAGAUGGCAUCUCCAGAUUUUACUCAUGUAUUUGCUGCUCUGGUUGCUGUGAUCAACACUAAGUUCCUUUUAGUUGGUGAUCUUCUUUAGGGGAUUGUAUUGCAGCUUAAAAGAGCUUACAAACGAAACGACAAGCCUCAACUCAUAGUUGCUGUCAAAUUCAUAGCACAUCUUGUCAAUCAGCGAGUUGCUCACGACCUUCUGGCUUUCGAAUUGCUAACUAUUCUAUUGGACCAGCCUACUGAUGAUAGUGUGAAAGUUGCUGUUGAUUUUGUCAAGGAAUGUGGCUCUAUCCUUCAAGAACUUUGUCCAAACGGUCAGUAUAGUAUCUUUUAGCGAUUCAGAGGGAUCCUGCACGAAGGCGACAUUGACAAAAGGGUUCAGUUUCUGAUUGAAGACCUUUUCGUCAUCAGAAAGGCUAAAUUCUGUGGAUAUCCGGCUGUUCGGCCUGAAUUGAAUCUUGUGGAGCCAGAAGAUCAGUUCACUCAUGAGAUAUCCUUGGAAGAUGAGAUAGAUCUUGAGACUGAUCUUGACAUUUUCAUGCACGACCCUGAUUUCUUCGAAAGUGAGAAAUUUUAUGAGGAGUGGAAGAAAUGUAUACUAGGAGUUGAGUCAGAAGAUGAGGCUGCUUCUGAUGCUCGAUCUGAUGAGGAAGAAGAAGACGAGGGAGAGGAUGAAGAUGACGAAGAGGAGCUGAUGCAAAUUAAAGAUGAAACAGAGACUAACCUUAUAAAUCUUCGAAGGACGAUAUAUCUAACAAUCAUGUACAGUGUUAAUUUUGAAGAAGCUAGCCAUAAGUUGCUAAAAAUCAUACUUGAACCGGGGCAAGAGAUGGAGCUGUGUAUAAUGUUCUUGGAGUGCUGCAGACAAGAGAGGAAAUAUCUCAGAUAUUAUGGUCUAUUGGGCCAACGCCUUUGUAUGCUUAACAAAGUACAUCAGGAGAAUUUCGAGAAGUGCUUUGUUCAACAGUACUCGAUGAUUCAUCGCCUUGAGACAAACCAGUUACGCAAUGUGGCCAAAUUCUUUGCUCAUUUGCUGGGCACUGAUGCUCUUCCUUGGCGCGUAUUAGCUUACAUACGUCUGACAGAGGAGGAUACUACUUCUUCGUCCCGUAUCUUCAUCAAGAUCCUCUUCCAGGAAUUGUCUGAGCAUCUAAAAAUCCGCCUACUCAAUGCACGACUUAAUGAUCCAACAAUGGUGGACCAAUUCGAGUCAAUACUCCCACGAGAUAAUCCUAUAAACACACGCUUCUCUAUUAACUUCUUCACUUCUAUUGGUCUAGGAGGUAUAACAGAGAACUUGAGAGAGUACCUAAAGAAUACACCGAGAAAGAUAAUGCAACAACAAAAACCAGACUCAGAAGCUGAAUCUGGUUCUGCCUCCGGUACAAGCUCAUCAGGCCCGGGUUUUUCCUCUUCCGGAUCAGAUUCCUCAAGCUCAGAUGGGAGUGAUAGUGAUGAUGAUAGGCGUAACAAAAAGAGAAAGAAUGCUAGUGGUGGUGGUGGUGGUAGAGAUAAGAAACUGAAGAGAUAUUAGUUUUUGUCUCUUUGGUAAACUCACAAGGAAAGAAAGAUAUUAUGUUCUGUAAACGAAUUUAAGAAAGAUUUGCAAUGUCUUGUGGAUGAUUGAGCAGAAAUUUAUACCAAAAAUAUAGUGUUUAAUUUGUAUUUA